AAAACAGUUGAAUUAUAAAUAUUGGUGGCAAGUUUACAUAAAACGGCUGAAACUGUACAUUUUCCCCAUUGAAAUACCAAAACAAGGACGAAAAGAGAGGCUUAUUUCCGGGAAAAGUAGAGCCAAAUGGUUCGCAGGGGACUCGGCUUCUUAUCAGUGCGCCGUCAUUCGAGACGUUUUAUAAGUAGGCACGCGAGCGGCAGCCAACACUACACGCACAGACCGCGUAGUGGCCAGUUCGUUUGAGAAUAAUACAUCGUUUAUUAGCUUAAGCCACAAUGUUAGUGUUUCCGCAACUCAUGCCCGAGAUAAGGGACGGAGGGUGCAGGCUGUCGAGGUGGAUGCCAGCGGAGCGGUUCGCCCCAUACUUUGCGAGGCCGAGUGUUUUUUCACAGAUUGAAAAGCAGGACGAGGAUGAAGAUUCUCGAGGUGGGUCGUCCCCGGAACAUUCCAAUGACUCUGGAGGGGAGAUUGGGGAAGGAGUUUGUGGUUGGAGGGGGUGCGGCGCAAGGUUCCCGAAUGUGGCGCGUCUGUCCGCGCACGUAGCGCGGCUGCACGCGCACGCGCACAGGGACGGCCUCUUCUACUGCUCUUGGAAAGACUGCUCCAGACCUCAAAGAGGAUUUAAUGCACGAUACAAAAUGUUAGUCCACGUGCGAACACACACAAACGAACGCCCACACACAUGCAACCAAUGCCAGAAGAGUUUCUCCAGGGCAGAAAACCUGAAAAUUCACCUCCGAUCUCAUUCUGGGGAAAAGCCUUAUGUUUGUCCUUACGAGGGUUGCGGAAAGGCGUAUUCAAACUCCAGUGAUCGUUUCAAACACACACGUACACAUACAGUGGACAAACCCUACUGCUGCAAAGUGCCAGGGUGCAACAAACGGUACACCGACCCAUCCAGCCUGAGAAAACACGUCAAGACAUACAAACACUUUGCCACCGAUAAGGAAAGCCCGAGACGGGAAUCAUCUGACGAACGCCUCAGCUCCGAUAACUUGUCGCCAAUAAGGGAAAACAGUUCCUAUGUCAUCCAACCUCCAUCACCACACCGCCUAACGUACACUCCAACUUGUAUUACAUCACCUAAAUUGUCAUAUAACUCGAUGAUUCCAUCGGAUACAGCGUUAGGCGCACCUUUGACUUACGCACCUGUGAUGGAUCAAGUCAGCCAUCCAUAUUCUAGGGCCCUCGACCUUUAUCCUAUGAGAGUUCCCCAUAACGAAAUGUCCUAUAUGGAGUAUUCACAGAUGUAUGACCACGCAUACAGGAACUACUAUUCCUGCAGCUUCAAUUACUCUGUACUGAGACCAAAUGUCAAUGAGAAAGUAUUCGCCUAUGACGAACAGGAGAGGUUUCAAGAUAUUACAUUAAAUGAUACAUCGGAAACACAUGUUACGGAAGACGCACCUCUAAAUUUAAUUUGUGCUAAACGGGUGGAAUGCCCACCUAUUACUGAACUAGUCAGACACACAGACUUGCCUUUAGAUUUAAGUACUAAGACUUGAUCGUUAAAUAUAAAGAAAUAUUUAUUUGGAAA